AUGAGAAAGAUCGUGCAAUAUGAAGCCAAACCGGCGAAGCCCGGCCUAGAUUGGUUCAAAAAAUACAGGCACCGAGGCGCGGAAUAUUACGACGAUGGAUUAACGCUGUUUUCGAGAUUCCAUCCCGAUGGUUCUGGCGAGUUGUUUUAUCCCAACGGUGUAUUGGCUGUUAGAGUCUACAGGCCAGAAAACCGGAAAUACGAUAUGUAUACUGUGUUCACGCCAGGAGGCAAAGACGCAUUGGCGAUCGAGAGGGAGUCUCAGAUCUUGGCGAUAUUCGACACCAUGGGAUACGGCGUCGUUUUCGACAUGGACGGCGCGGCGAGGCUGUCCUACAACCAGAUCGGAGGAAUUUUUACGGACAAUCCCGCCGGUCUGCCCCUCGUUUGGACUUGGAAUACGAAUCCGAGGGAGUCGAUACUCGAGACUGUGUACACGGUGUGUGAACGAAUGAUGUUUAUCGGGGUUUUUUCCCACUUCCCUCGGUAUAGAUUUUCGAUCAAUCAAAUGAAUAAGCGAACGGAGUUAAAACCUUUUAUCCAUUUUAACUUCUUCGUCGGAUUAAAAAUAUGUAAAGACGUAACUUUUACGUGUGUGUCAUUCCUCAAAUUUUUAAAUAAAAUAGCAAACAUAUUCGGCUUAAGAAUUUGCUUAUACGCGCUUUCAGAGACUUAUGUACAUAUAUGGAGCAACGAUGUUUGCACGCAUGUUCCGAUUACGUUUGAUUGGCUUCACAGUUCCGGAAAUGUUAAGACACCGAUAUCACCGUCCGGCUCGAGAAAUAAGGAAAAGAAGGUCGCCGAAGUGCAGAAACCUGUUGUCGAGGAACGACAAGAAGAGGUCGGGAGCAAAUUGAACGGCAACCAAAAUUUUCCUAAAGAAGACAUUUAUCCCAUAAAAAUGAUUUGCUUGAAAUUAAAUGAAUUUCUCAGCCUGCGAAUCAUCGAUCGGAAGAAUAUAAAUUUACGAUUUUCUGCUAGAAAUAAGAGAAUGAGAAUAGAAUUAGGUACAAUUGUGAAUCUUAAUAAGGAAGUAAAAUCUUAUAUGGUAGAAGCAAGUGAUUGGAAAAGCGACGUGUUGCAGUAAGUCAAUAAUAUUGUUUCUGAACCGAACGCGAGACACAAAAAUUAUCUUUUUCGUCACGCAGAUGCAGAUUCCAGGAGAAAUUGACCGAGAAAUUGGAAUCCAAAAGCAGUCUGCACGAUUUAGCUAAGGCGUAUCGAAAAGUACGGAGAUUU